AUGGCAUAUAACCAGAGCAACCCCAUCAUCAAGUACAACGGCCAGGACUUCUACUCCUUGAGGGAUCGGUGCCUUAGCAGAGGCCAGCUCUUCGAGGAUGACACCUUCCCCCCCACGCUGACCUCCAUAGGCCCGAAGCUGCUGAUGAGAGAGAACCUCUCCGGCCUGGAGUGGAAGCGGCCCCAUGACUUAGCAAAAAAACCCCACUUCAUCCUGGAAGGUGUGAGCAGAUUUGACAUCCAACAAGGAAUGGCAGGGGACUGCUGGUUCCUGGCCGCCCUCGGCUCCUUGACACAGAACCCAGAGUAUCUGCAGAAGAUCCUGAUGGAGCAAAGCUUUUCCCACCAGUAUGCAGGGAUUUUCCGUUUCCGGUUCUGGCAGUGUGGCCAGUGGGUGGAGGUGGUGGUGGACGAUCGCCUGCCCAUCCUGGACAGGAGGUACCUCUUCGUGAACACGCGCCGCGACAACCAGGAGUUUUGGCCCUGCCUGCUGGAAAAAGCCUACGCCAAGCUGCGCGGGUCCUACCUGAACCUGCACUACGGCUACCUCCCCGACGCGCUGGUGGACCUGACGGGGGGCGUGGUCACCAGCAUCGACGUGAACACCUCGCCCGCCGACGUGCUGCUCACCGUGCAGGCGGCUGCCCGGGCGGGCUCCCUCAUCACCUGCGCCACGCCCUCGGGGGUGAGUGAGUUGGCCACGCGGCUGCAGAACGGCCUGGUGAGCCAACACGCCUACACGGUGACUGGAGCCGAGCAGGUCCAGUGCCAGAGGGGCUGGGAGGACCUGAUCCGCCUGUGGAACCCUUGGGGCAACACGGAGUGGCAGGGGCCCUGGAAGGACGGGUCUGUGGAGUGGCAGGAGAGCCGAGACCCGAGGAAAGACCAGCUGUACCAGGACAAGGAAGACGGCGAGUUUUGGAUGUCGGUUCGAGAUUUCCAGGAGAACUUCUCCUGCCUGUACAUCUGUAACAAGGUCCCCAUCAGCGUGGAAGACGGCAACCUGGUCUGCACGAGGUGGUCCCAGAUGAUGUUCAAGGGCUGCGUGACGCCGGGAAGCCCGGCAGAUGGCCUCUGGAGGGACACCCAGUUCCUUUUCUCUGUGUCGGACAGCACACGGGGGGACAACACUGUCGUGUCCUUCACCAUCAUGCCCCAGUACGUAAACACAGAGAACGACAAGUUCCCGCUGAGCUUCGAAGUCUUCAAGGUGGACCCCCAGUUCCAGCACUUCCGGGAGAAGCUCCCGCGGACCUUCUUCUCCCCGUACCGAAACAUCAUCAAGGGCAUCGUCUCCAAAACCAAGUGCAACCUCACCAAGUGCUUCCACCUCAGCCCCGGCACCUACGUGGUGGCGGCCUCGGCACGCAAGGAGUCGGUGGAGUUCCUGAUCCGGAUCUUCCUGAAGAUGCCAGUGAGCUACGGGAGCUCGGACACCAAUUUCAACCUCAAACCCGUGAAGGGACUGGACAUGGACCCCACAGAACUGCAGAAUCUUCUCAACCACGAGCUCCUGAGAGGGCUCUCGGGGGACCUGUUCUCGCUGGACCAGUGCCGGGGCAUCGUGGCCCUGAUGGACGUGAAAGUCAACGGCCGACUCGACCCCGAGGAGUUCUCCAGACUGUGGAGCCGGUUGGUCCACUGCCAGAGCGUUUUCCAGAACUUUCAGAGGAGCUCUGGUGUCUUCCGGAGCUCAGAUUUGUGGAAGGCCGUAGAGACUACCGAAUUCCUCGCAGGCGUCUCGAUGCACAGUGAGCUGCAGGACCUCAUGGCCCUCCGCUACGGGGACAGCGCGGGCACGGUCACCUUCCCCAGCCUGGUCUGCUUCCUGAUGCGGCUCGAGGCCAUGGCCAAGGCCUUCCGGACCCUCUCCAAGGAUAGGAAAGGAGUGUACCUGACAGAGAUGGAGUGGAUGAACCUGGUCAUGUACAGCUGAGCACAGACAGCAGCGGGUCCCGGAAUCCAGAUGGACUUCAAGGUCAGUUUGACAAAUUCUGCAGAAG